CGCCAGGUGCGACAGAUGGCAGCACUGCUGCUGCGGCGACUCAUCAUCGGCUCGUUCGACGAGUUCUACCCGACGCUGGCGCCCGAGAUCCAGGCGGGCAUGAAGGAGCAGCUGCUGCUCGCCGUGCACGAGGAGCAGAACGAUGUCGUGCGCAAGAAGGUGUGCGACGUCGUCGCCGAGCUCGCGAGGAGCUUCAUCGAUGAGGAGGGUGUAAACCAUUGGCCAGAGUCACUCAAGUUCCUGUUCGAUCUGGUCAGCUCUCCGAAUGCGGCCUUGAGAGAGGCUGCACUCCUGAUCCUCAGUGUAACACCAGGAAUAUUCGCUAACCAGCAACAGCAUUACAUGGAUGUCAUACGUCAGAUGCUACUUCAGUGCUUGGGUGAUACAGAAAAUCCACAGGUGAGACUAGCAGCCGUAAAAGCAACGACUGCAUUCUUGCUGGCACACGACAAGGAACCUGGUGUUCAGCGGCACUUCGUUGACUGUCUUCCCGGACUCCUAUCGGGCGUCGCCGUCGAUCUGCGAGAAACAGGAGAAGUGAGCGGCGGCGCUUGAAGAUGCCUUGAUCGCACCUACGUCCGAAUGUCGUUGCCCCAAGUUCCUGCGCGCGCAGCUCGAGCCGCUCAUCGAACUCUGUCUGAAGGGUCGGUCGCGCGACGCGACGCUCGCCGACACGUGCCUGGCGCCACCUCCGCUGCUCGAGCGGUGAUUCUGACGAUGUGAGACGGCGCGGCCAUGCUGCGUCGGCACGCCGCUUCGUCGCCGCGCUCGUGGCGCUCGUGUCGCGCUCAUGGUCGACCUCGACGGACG